AUGUCUUUUGGUCGGGAAUUUAGCCACGUUGGGACAAGGGCAGGUGUGUCAGUCAGGGUCCUGUGGCAGGAAGAAGUACACCUGGAUGGAACUUGGAAGCGAAUUGGACAAAGGGAUGAUUUCAUAGAGGCAAGGGCAGGAAGGGGAACUGCCAGGACUCCGGGGGCGACCGGGACUAGCUGCGGUGGGCAGUCUCCGCCACCACUUAGGCCUCUCGGGAGCUGGAGUCAUGAAGGAGGGACUCCCCGGGGUUGGGGGCUGAGGUCCUGGAGGGGUGCAGCCGUUACUGGCGCGUGGAGGGAUGGGUCUAGCUCUCCAUCUCCCGCCAGCGCCAGACCCAACUGGAACUCAGAGAACAACGGAGCCCAGAAUACCCAGGAGGCAGCGGUGGAGAGGACAAGAACAGCCAGGAGCCCCGACCGGAAGGAGCCCACGAGCACGGCGUGCUGUGCCCAAGGCAGAGCCGGCCAAGCUGCCUUCCUUCAGGAGCAGUUGGUCUGUGCUCAGGACGAAGAGGUUUGCAAGGAAUCACUUGAGGUGUGGCAGGCUGAACAGCCACCCGGAAGGUGUCCCUGUCUAAUCCCCAGGACCCGAGACUCUAGGACCUUACGUUGCGAAGGGAGAUUUGCAGUACUAAUACUCCCAGCCUCUUUUGCACUCCGGGAUGAUCAGGAGACCCACGGAGUCAUAAGGAAAAGCCAGCUGGGGAAAGAGCCUCUUUCGGAUAAAAGGAGACCUUGAAGAUAAGAAGAAUAGAAUUGCGCAGGGCACCUGGAUAGCUCAGUCGGUUAAGCGUCCGACUUGGGCUCAGGUCAUCAUCUCACGGUUCGUGGGUUCGAGCCCCGUGUUGGGCUCCGUGCUGACAGCUCGGAGCCUGGAGCCG